AUGGGGCAACGCCAUUCUAGCCCCACACCUCUAUCCUUGGUUACUGAUAAUUUUAAGGAGGUCAAGAUGCACACUCAUGACCUCAGUGUAAAAAUUAAAAGGAAUAAAUUAAUCACUUUUUGCACCUUCAGAAUGGCGACUUUCCACGUAGGCUGGCCCUCAGAAGGCACCUUCGACUUGGGAACUGUACACCAAGUCCGGGAUAUCAUCCUCCAACCGCGGAUCAGACACCCUGACCAAGUUCCCUAUAUCAUAGUAUGGGAAAAUAUCAUAUUGCGCCCCCCUUCUUGGGUAAAAGCUUUUUUGCCUCAACAGGGAUUUUCUACCCCUCAGGUGUUGGUGACACGUGUAGGAAAGAACCUGAAGAAUCCCAAGGAAUCUGAACCAACGGUGCCGCUAUACCCUAUCUUGCAGGGGGGAACAGAAGAAGAACUUCUCUUUCCUCCCCCUUACCAACCCCCCGAACCGCCACCAGCCCCUCGCCAUUCCUUCACCCAGGGACGAAACACAGGGUUGGGGGGGGCCGCACAAAAUACUCGCCAUCGGCAAGCCAGGUCCCCGGAGGGGCUGGCAGACUCAACUGUUGUCCUCCCCUUACGAGUGGCCAGCACCCCCCCACCCCCAAUGAGGCAGGAAACCAACAUCAUCAAUACUUGCCCUUCUCUACUACCCACCUGGGACGAUUGCCAACAGCUGCUCCAGAUUCUCUUCACCACAGAAGAGAGAGAGAGAACACAGAAUGAGGCCCCACGAGGUAAGGAGAGGCUCCGGGUCUACCUCCAGACUCUUCUGGGGGCGCUUAAGGCAGCUGCAUGGAAACCUACUAACCUAGCUAGAGUGGGAGAUGUUCAGCAGGGCCCCAUCAAGAGUCCAGCAGCCUUCUUGGAAAGGCUAAUGGAGGCCUUUAGACAAUACACCCCCAAGGAUCCAGAAGCAGAAGGCACUCAGGCUGCUUUGAUAAUGCAUUUUGUCAACCAGGUGGCUCCCGACACUAGGAAGAAGUUACAAAAACUUGAACGCCUGGGUGAAAAGAGUAUCCAGGAUUUAAUAACAGUAGCAGAAAGAGUCUACAACACCCGAGAAACCCACGAGGAAAAGCAAGCCAAAGCAGCAGAUCGCCAAACCCGUAACAUGGCAUGCAUCCUGCUGGCUGCAACAGUUCCUGACUCGGGAGAGAGGGAGCGCCAGUUGCGCCACCUGGCUGCUGAAGAGCGCCAGGGAAAACUGGCCGGAAAGACCUCUUGGGUGCAGGGGGCUACUGGAAUGAAACAAUACCAAUGGACUACCCGAAGAUCAGUGGACUUGGGUGCGGGCCGGGUAUCCCACUCUUUCAUGGUCAUUCCGGAAUGCCCCUUCCCUCUGUUGGGAAGAGACCUGUUGACCAAAAUGGGGGCCCAAAUUCAUUUCCUCCCGGGGGAAACCAAAAUACUCAACUAGUCGGGCAGACCGAUCCAAGUACUGACCAUUCAAUUAGAAGAUGAUUAUCGGCUGCACCAGAAACCUAUACCGCCUCCAAUAGACAUUCGAAAAUGGCUAGAUGAAUUCCCCUAGGCGUGGGCCGAGACAGGGGGAACUGGUUUUGCCGAACACCACCCUCCUGUAUACAUAGAUCUUAAGCCAGGGGCUGACCCCGUCUGGGCCCGACAAUACCCCAUGACUCUGGAGGCCUGACAGGGGAUCACCCCCCAUAUCCGCAGGCUCCUAGCCCAGAAAAUCUUGAGACCCUGCCAGUCGGCCUGGAACACCUCCUUGCUCCCUGUCAAAAAACAAAAUUCUCGUGACUAUCAGCCAGUGCAGGAUUUACGAGAAGUCAACUGCCAAGUUUUUAUUCACCCUACAGUGCCGAACCCAUACAACCUCCUGAGCUCUCUCCCACCGGACCAUCACUGGUAUACGGUCUUAGUUAAAGAUGCUUUCUUCAGCCUCCCCCUGGUGUCCAAGAGCCAGGACCUUUUUGCCUUUGAAUGGUCUGACCCGGAAGAAGGAAUCAAUGGCCAGCUGACCUGGACCCGGCUGCCACAGGGAUUUAAGAAUUUUCCCACCAUCUUCGAUGAGGCCCUCCAUGAGGAUAUGGGUGAGUUCAGACAACAACACCCCCAACUAACCUUGUUACAAUAUGUAGAUGACCUCUUAAUUGCAGCAAAGGACCAACAGACUUGCUUUAUGGGCACCCGAGAACUAUUGCAGACCCUUGGAAAAUUACGGUACCGAGCCUCAGCCAAAAAGGCUCAGAUAUGCCAACCAGAGGUCACCUGCUUAGUGUAUGUAUUAAAGGAAGGACAGAGAUGGCUGUCAGAGGCACAAAAGGAGGUGGUACUCAAAAUCCCUACCCCAGAUUCACCUCGAAGGGUGAGAGAAUUUUUGGGGUCUGCUGGGUUCUGCCGUCUUUGGAUCCCAAAUUAUGCAGAACUGGCUAAACCCUUAUAUGAAGCCACAAAAAGUACCACCCCUUUCAGUUGGACGGAGCUGAUGGAGACCGCUUUCAAAACUAUUAAAACGGCCCUGCUCUCAGCCCCCGCCCUAGGGUUGCCUGACGUUACAAAACCCUUUCUCCUGUACGUAGAUGAAAAACAAGGAGUGGCAAAGGGGGUACUGGUGCAACACCUGGGACCUUGGAAGCAGCCGGUGGCUUACUUGUCUAAAUGCCUAGACCCCGUGGCAUCAGGCUGGCCCCCAUGCCUCCGCAUGAUUGCAGCAGUGGCCCUAAUCGUCAAGGAAGCAGAUAAAUUGACACUGGGGCAAGAGUUGCAUAUCACCGCCCCUCAUGCCAUUGGUGUCCUAAAACAACCCCCAGAUAGGUGGACCAGCAUCGCUCGGCUGACCCACUACCAGGGAUUACUGCUAAACCCCUCCAGAAUCAUCUUUCUGCAGCCUACUGCUCUCAAUCCGGCUACACUGCUUCCUAACCCGGAUUUGGAAGCCCCAAUCCAUGACUGCAGCAACAUACUAGCCCAAGUACACGGAACGUGAGAGGACUUGCAAGAUCGCCCUCUAGCGGAUGCUGAAGUUACCUGGUAUACGGAUGGAAGCAGUUUCGUCCAAGAUGGGCUCAGGUAUGCAGGGGCAGCCGUAACCACAGAAACCCAAAUCGUGUGGGCGGAAGCAUUACCUCCGGGCACUUCGGCUCAAAGGGCUGAACUAAUCGCCUUAACAAAAGCCCUCCAGUUGGGAAAGGACAAAAAACUUAACAUCAUUACCGAUACCCGAUACGCCUUUGCUACUGCCCAUAUACAUGGAGCCAUCUACAGAGAGAGAGGCCUCCUCACGGCCAAGGGUAAAAUGAUCAAAAAUAAAGAAGAAAUAAAAACCCUCUUUGCCGCAUUAUGGCUGCCUAAACUAGCUAUAAUACAGUGCCCGGGACACCAAAAGUCAGACACCCUGACCUCAAAGGGAAACAAUUUGGCAGACAGAGCAGCCUGAGAUGCAGCCCAGGGCACCAUGAUAGAAGCCACCCUUCAAUUGCCUGACCCCGGGAGCCCUGUUCUCUCCCUGAUCCUCCCGGAGGAACUAGGAAAGCAGGUGUUACUGAGGAUGCAUCACGCCACUUACCUGGGAACCCGCAAGAUGCAGGACCUGAUUACACAUGCCAAGAUUACCAUGAGAGACGUCAGAUCAACGAUAGAAAAUAUCGUAUCAACCUGCAAGGCCUGCCAGCUCACCAGCGCUGCCCAUCACCCAGCCAACCACGGGUCUAGAGAACGCGGGAGUCAACCAGGAGCAUACUGGGAGGUGGACUUCACUGAGGUAAAACCGGGUAAAUGUGGAUACAAAUAUCUACUGGUGUUCAUAGAUACCUUCUCAGGGUGGGUAGAAGCUUUCCCCACCAAGAGAGAAACAGCACAGGUGGUGGCCAAAAGGCUGAUUGAAGACAUCUUGCCGCAGUUCGGGUUUCCGGCACAGGUGCGGUCGGACAAUGGGCCAGCCUUCGUAUCUCAGGUAAGUCAGGGGGUAGCCUGGGCUUUGGGGGCUAGGUGGAAGUUGCAUUGUGCUUAUAGGCCCCAGAGCUCAGGACAAGUAGAGAGGAUGAAUAGAACACUCAGAGAAACAUUAACAAAACUAGUUGCUGAGACUGGCGGGGACUGGGUGGCUCUCCUCCCCUUUGCCCUAUACCGGGUGCGAAAUUCUCCCUACCAACUGCGACUUACCCCCUUCGAAAUUAUGUAUGGGAUUCCUCCCCCAAUAAUUCCUAACCUAAAGAUAGAGGUGCUAAAAGAGAUAGAUGAUCAAAGAUUACUCUUUUGUCUCCAGUCCUUACAAUACUCCCACAGGGACACGUGGAAGAGGCUUAAGGCAUUAUAUGAAUCAGGCCCACCACCUGAACCCCACUGCUACCGGCCAGGAGACUGGGUAUACAUGCACCGCCAUUGUCAAGAGACCCUAGAGCCCAGGUGGAAAGGGCCCUUCCUAGUUGUCUUGACAACACCCACUGCUCUCAAGGUUGACGGCAUAUCUACUUGGGUUCACUACACCCAUGUACGGCCUGCAGACCUGUUCACCCUAAGGGAAGACUUCCUCCCCCAAUGGAAGACCAAGCUGGACAAAACAAAUCCACUCAAACUCAAGCUACAAAGACGAUAA